AUGAAGCAAGAUCCGUGCCCCAUUUGUUCCAAAUUGGUCUUAUCAGAUGACCUUGAGAGACAUGUCAAUUCUUGUCUAGAUAGGCAAGCCUCACCACAACCACAACCACAAGACGAGAUAAGUGAUACAUCUCAUGAUAAUCUAGAUCAAUCAUUAUCAUCUACCCAACAAAAACCCAAAAAACGAAAUGCAUUAUCCGCUCUAGGAUUAAAAUUCGAUUCAAGUCUGAAAAAGAAAAAGAAACAAGAAUCACGAAAAGUUAGUUUAACUAGUAGAUUAUUAGAAGAACGAAGAGUACAAGCAGAAAUAAGAAAAAAAGAAAAUGAAAUACCAUUAGAAGAACAAUUUAAAGCAGUAGCUGAAGAAAUAAUGUCUACUCAAAAAGAACCCACUCAAACUGAAGAAAUUAAAAUCCCUCGAGAAUCUGAAAUUUUGAAAAAAUCUAAAGAAUUAAAUGAAUUAAAACGUUUAGCAUCUAUUCCAUUAGCUCAUAGACUUCGACCUAAAACAUUGGAUGAUUUUUUUGGACAAGAGAAAUUAUUAGGUAAAGAUGGAGCAUUAAGAAAUAUGAUUCAAUCAGAUAUUAUUCCUUCAUUUUUACUUUGGGGAGUUCCAGGAAUUGGUAAAACUUCAUUAGCUAGAAUUAUUGCUAAAAAUUCACGUUGUAAAUUUGUUGAAUUAUCUGGAAUAGAUAGUAAUGCAAAAAAUUUAAAAGAAGUUUUCUUACAAGCUGAAAAUCAUAAGAAAUUAACUGGACAAAGAACUAUUUUGUUUCUUGAUGAAAUUCAUCGAUUUAAUAAAGCAGUUCAAGAUUUACUUUUACCAGUUAUUGAAAAAGGAAUAGUAACUGUAAUUGGUGCAACUACUGAAAAUCCAUCAUUUAAUUUAAAUAAUGCAUUAUUGUCAAGAGUUCAUACUUUUGUAAUGGAACCAUUGAAUACUGAAUCAUUAAUCAAGAUAUUAACAAGAGCUUUAUUUGAAGUCAACAGAAUUCGUAAAAAAUUGUAUGGAUUCCAUUAUAUUUCAUUACAAAAGGAUGCAUAUCAUUAUAUUGCAAAUCUAAGUAUGGGCGAUUCACGAGUUGCAUUAAAUAUUCUAGAAACUUUGAAUGCUUAUCUAUCAGCUGAUAAAUUCAAAAUAGAUAAUAAUGAUACUUCACCUAAACAAGGUGUCAUUAAAGUUUCUGCCGAUUUACUUAAACCAUUAUUGAAAACUAGAAAUUUCCAUCAAAUGUAUGAUCGUAAUGGAGAUUCACAUUAUGAUAUAAUUAGUGCAUUUCAUAAAUCAAUCCGUGGUUCUGAUCCUAAUGCAGCAAUGUUUUAUUUAGUGAAAAUGUUAUCUGGAGGAGAAGAUCCAAUGUUUAUAAUGAGAAGAAUGAUAGUUAUAUCAAGUGAAGAUAUUGGACUUCGAGAUAGUUCAUGUUUGCCAUUUAUGAUAGCAGCUAAAGAAGCAUUAGAAUUUGUUGGUAUGCCAGAAGGUGAAAUUAUAUUAGCUCAUUGUACAAAUAAAUUAGCUCUUGCUCCAAAAUCAACUAAAUCUUAUCGUGCUUUAAGAUCUGCACAAAAUAUACUUAAAGAAAAUCCAGAAUUAACUAAAUUACCCGUCCCCAUUCAUUUAAGAAAUGCUCCAACUAAAUUAAUGAAAGAAUUAGGUUAUGGAGAUGAAUAUAAAUAUAAUCCAAAUUAUGAAAAUGGGAAAAUUAAACAAAAUUAUUUCCCACAAGGAAUGGAACCAAUCAAAUUUUUAGAUGAUAUCCAUUUAGGUAAAUUAAAAGAUAAAUCAGUUCCAAAUGAUGAAUAUAUUCAAGCACAAGCUGCCGUCGAUGAUUAUGAAAAAUUUAAACAUGAUUAUAGAAUGAAAGCUAAAGCUGAGUAUACAAGAGGAGCAGAAGAAAAGGAGGAGGCAGAAGAAGAACAAGAACUACUACCAGAAAGUAAGGAUUUAGUAGGAUCUACAGAUGCUGAUAGUGAUUCAGAUGAAAAAUUUCAUGAAUAUUCAGAUAAUUUUGGUAAAUCAUUUGAUGAAAACCUUGAAAAAGAUCUUCAACGGGAAUAUUUUGGAGAUGAAGAAUCCAAAGAUGUGCAUAUAAUAGAUUAA